ACGCCUCGCGACGCCGACGGGAGUUGUGUUCGUGGUAUAUUCGUAGGUUAGCGUUUAGUGUUUGCCGGCAGUAGCUUUUGUACAGUGUUUUAAUAUACAUAUAGAUAUAUAUAUAUAUACAUUUAUAUAUAUAUAUAUAUACAUAUAUAUUUUUCUUAACCGGCAAAACUCACGACCGGAAAGACUGCGUAACCCGUCGAAUUUACGAUACGUCCAGUUUGACCAACUACACAGAAUCAUUGUAUUUUCGUCCCAACGAAUCGCUACGAAUAAGCCGGUACCACGGCGUGUCGUUCACCUCCGGGCCACGAGAAGAAAAACGAGAUUUUUGGAAACGCCGAAAAUACCGUACUGUGAUCUUUCAUACUAACCAUUUCGUCCUUGUCGAGGUAUCGGUAGUAUUUCCUAGCGCACACGAGCCUCCUCGUAAUCUUGGUCCUUUAUUUCACGACUCGAUGUUAACGAGAAAAGCACUUAGUCGAUCGUAAUCGCGAAUUACACGGCGAGUGUCGCGAGUAACGGUGGGCGUUUGCGAUUCGAGGAUAGAGAAGAGAUAUAGAAAAGGAAGAGAGGAAGAAACAGACGAGUGAAAAUGGGGUGCAACACGAGCAAGGAGAGUGUCCAGCCGGUAGGGGAUGAAGCGAAGGAGGACGGCAAGAACGGCGAUAUCCUGAAAGUAUCGGAGAGCAGCAGUCCAACGAAGGCAGAGGAGGCGUCGCAAAAGAAGACGCAGGAAUCGAAGGAGUCGAAGAAGGAGUCAGAGUCGAAGAGCUUAAACGAGGGUAAGGAAGAAAAGAGGACCGAGGGAAAGGGCGUAGAAAAGCAAAGGGAAGAAGCCGCGACCAGGAUACAAGCGGCUUUCCGCGGCCAUCACGCCAGGAAGAGUAUGAAAGAGACUGAAUCCUCGACGAAACAGACGGGGACCAAAUCAAACUCAGAGCCAACCAAAGAAGAACUUCAACAGGAGUUCCGGGCAGACGACAAGGAGCUUUGCGAAGCGGCGACGAAAAUCCAGGCAUCUUUCCGCGGCCACAUGUCGAGAAAGGAGCAAGCUGCAGCAGCCAUCGUGAAAUCGGCGGAGAAUGCCGUCGAGAAUGUCGUCUGUAAGAUGGAGGAGAAGUAUUCAGUACUCAGACCUCAGAAUUCAGAACUCAGAUCUUUGUACUUAGAAUCCACAAUUCAGUACUCUGAUCUCGGUUUCAGAGUUCAGAACUCAGAACUCAAAUCUCAAUACUUAAAACCCACAACUCGGAUCUCUGAUCUCAGUACUGAAGGCUCAGAACUCAGAACUCAAAUCUCAGUACUUAGAAUCCACAAUUCGGGGCUCGCAUCUCAGUACUCCGUGCUCAGAUUUCAGAUUUCAGAACUGAGAUCUCAAUACUUAAAACCCACAACUGAGGUCUUUGAUCUCAGUACUCAGGGCUCAGAUCUCAGGUCUGAAAAUACAGAACUCAGGUCUCAGUGCUUAGAAUCCACAAUUCAGGACUCUGAUCUCAGUACUUAG